ACCCAGUAGAUCUUAAGGGAGGUCUUUUUCUGUGUUGGUCUGAUAAUGUCUCUAUUGUGGAUAUUAUAAGUAGCUGUUUUGGAUUAGAAGUUUGUUUUAUGUUACCUAAUAAUCCUAAUAAGUUUUGGGCGGUUUUUGUUUAUGCUAGUAACUGUGGUAAAGAGAGGGAUGCUCAAUGGCAAGCUAUUAAGAGACAUAGUAUGUUAUGGGGAGAUAAGUGGUUUUUGGGGGGGGACUUCAAUGACUUGGUGUCUAAUGAGGAAAAAAGAGGGGGUAAAGUUAGGUCUGAAAGUAGCUUUAGAAGUUUUAGGAAUUUUAUAUGGGGGCUUAAAGUUCAGAAUAUAGGAUUUAAAGGCUACCCUUACACUUGGUCUAAUAAUAGAAAUGGGGAAGGAUUUGUUGAGGAGAGAUUAGAUAGGUUCCUUUUUUCAGAUGAGUGGCUCUUAUCCUUUCCUCUGACUACUACCACACACAUUCCUAGGAUAUCCUCUGAUCAUUGUCUUCUCUUGAUGGAUACUAAUCCAGGGUCAGGUCAAAGGAAGAAAAGAUUUUAUUUUGAUGCAAGAUGGCCAAGGAAGAAUGGAUUCCAAGAAGCAGUGACUGAAGCUUGGCAGAAACAGGUCUAUGGGCCUCCACUUUACAGCAUACAGAGUAAAAUCAGAAACACAAGAAUGGCCUUGCUAAAAUGGAAAACAUCUCAGGCAACUAAUUCAGCUCUACUCAUUGAUAGCUACAAUGCUCAACUAGCAGUGAUGCUAAACCAGGGGAGCAGGAAAGAUUGGGAUAACUGGAUGGAGAUUAAGAAGAAACUUCAGAAGGCAUAUUUGGAGGAAGAAGAAUAUUGGAGGCAAAAAUCAAGGAUACAGUGGCUCAAAAAUGGUGAUAAAAACACAAGGUAUUUUCAUACCUGUGUUAAACAUCGAAGAAUAAAAAAUAAAAUUGCUUAUCUGAUGAAAGAUAAUGGAGAAAGCUGUGGAGAAGAGAAGGAAAUAGUUGAGGAAAUAGUGAAUUCUUUCCAAAAAAUCUUCACAUCGACUGAACACAGAGUGGAGGAAUGUAGUUUAGAGGGAAUGCAGAGGGUUAUAAAUCUCUCUAAAUCCUCUAUCUUCUUUUCCAAAAAUACUUCAAAUGAUUCCAAGGACUACAUUUGUCAACUGUUUGGUGGGAUUCAAGUUGUCAGAUCUUCCAAAUACCUGGGGAUGCCCCUGGGUAUAGGAAAAUCCAAAUUGGACACUUUCAAAUUUGU